GGGCGCCGUUGUUUGUCGAGGCCCCUCCCCUCAUUGUUGUAGUCCAGAGCGCCAAUGAGGCAACACACCUUGGAAACUUGAGAACUCGACUUCCUUGUUUGCCUCGAGCCUGCGGGGAGGUACGAGCAGACUUGUGAGCCAGACUUGUCAACCAGCCAGAAGACAACUGCACAUAACACGAGCAGAGCAGGAUUUUGUCAUACGUCGCCCGCGUGUGUGGCAUGGACCUGUUGGUCCAUAUGCUUUGUACAUUCCAAACAGCUGCGACCCUCCAUUCUUUGUUCCUGAGUGGGGAGCAGCUCAAUCUGAACCACGGCAGUAGCCAGCACAACGGGGCGUCCGUUGUCAGAACACGACCGAGGAAUUACCAGUAAGGGGCCGUUGCAACAUCAUUUGGAGGUGACGGACAGCGAGGACGGCGCCUACGCUGCUAACAACCUUUUUGAACCUUUCCCGGCGGCAGCCAUGGCGUCGCCUGUCGGACUCCUCCCCGAGAAGUCCCUGCUGUGCUCUCUGUGCGAGGAGGUCUUCAGCGGCCCAGUCACCACACCGUGCGGGCACAGCUUAUGCCUGGCCUGCCUUUGCCACCACUGGACGCAACACCGGUCCACGUACUGCCCGCGCUGCAGGAGACUCUUUGCCAACAGGCCCGACAUCAGCGUCAAUCGCGUCCUGGCCCAAAUCUCCGACAGGAGCCGCUGCAGGAGAAGGUGCCUUCUUCUUUUCCAGUGCAUCUCUCCCCUUUGCGUGUGGCUUCUUCCCUCACUGGGGGCACAUAACUCUUACCGCCGAGAAGUGUGCGAGAGCCAGAGAGUCUUCUCAGCCCUGGUCGGCGCCAUGGAGAAGAGCCACAAGGUGGUGGCGGCGGGCAUUGAGAACGAGCAGAAGAAAGUGGAGAGCCUGGUGAAGGAGCUGGAGCGGGAAAUUGGGCAACUGACAAAGGAGACUGCCGAACCUGACUCCCUGACACCUGAAAAAAAUUCCACGCCCUUUUGUCUCUUCCCGAAUGUUGCGCGGGACGGACAUCCGGUCCAAUUUAAGGAUUGGUCCAUGAUUACCCGAGAAAGCGACCCUUGUCUCGGGGUCACCAGGAGAGCGCUGUCGGAAAUGAUGGCCAAGAUAAAGGCGGAGGUCAACAGGCUGUCCAAAUCAGAACUGAAACGAAUUGAGAGAUACUUUGUGGACGUGAAUCUAAGCGCCCAGACGGCCCACCCCACUCUGUGGCUCUCCGACGACAGAAAACAGGUGCGGCAGAGUGACAAGCGCCGCGAGGUGGCGGACUACCCCAAACACUUUGAGCGUGUGGCGAAUGUCCUCGGCGAGGAGCGCUUCAGCGGCGGAAGGGCCUACUGGGAGGUGAAGGUCGGCGAGAAGACAGAGUGGAGCUUGGGUGCCGUCUGCAGCUCCAUCAACAGGAAGGGCUGCUUCGGCGUCUGCCCCACCAAUGGCUUCUGGACUCUCAGCCUGAAGGCGGACAGACGCUACGUUGCCAACGACUCUCCGGAUGUUGUGCUGUAGCAGAGGCCACGCAAAGUGGGCAUCUUUGUGGAUUACGCCGAAGGUCAUGUCUCGUUCUACUGCGCCGACACGGGUGUCCACAUUUACACCUUCAUCGAGACCUUCACAGACAGCCUGCACCCCUUCUUCUGUCCCGGCCGGCUGCACGCUGGCAAGAAUGCACAGCCGCUCGUCAUUAGCUCGGCUUUUUGCAGCAUCUGAUGGGAAUGGCGGCAAGAAUCCUUUGCCGUCUGUGGCGCCCAUUCAUUCAUUCAUUCAUUCAUUCAUUCAUUCAUUCAUUCAUUCAUUCAUUCAUUCAUUCAAUCUAUCUAU